CUCUAUUUACCAAUUGUUUCAGUCUCUCUCUCUCUCUCCUUUACAAAGCCUCAAUCUUCGCUCUCCCUUCGCCGCGGUUUAGAUCCGAGUUUGGGAGAAACAGCCUCCCUAAGUUAAACAAAAAAGCACUCUACUUCAGUUUCCAAUCUUUUUCUCUCCAGUCAUGGCAGGAUCCGCACCCGAAGGCACACAGUUUGAUGCACGUCAGUUCGACCAGAAGUUGAACGAUGUCCUUGAGGGACAGGAUGAGUUCUUCACCUCUUACGAUGAGGUUCACGACAGCUUUGACGCCAUGGGUCUUCAAGAAAAUCUCCUCAGGGGUAUCUACGCUUAUGGUUUUGAGAAGCCCUCUGCGAUUCAGCAAAGAGGAAUCGUCCCUUUCUGCAAGGGCCUCGACGUGAUCCAACAGGCCCAGUCCGGUACCGGCAAAACCGCAACGUUCUGCUCCGGCGUCCUUCAGCAGCUGGACUUCACCAUCGUCCAGUGCCAGGCCCUCGUCCUCGCACCAACCAGAGAGCUCGCCCAGCAGAUUGAAAAAGUCAUGAGAGCACUCGGCGACUACCUCGGCGUCAAGGUCCACGCCUGCGUCGGCGGAACCAGCGUCCGUGAGGACCAGCGUAUCCUCCAAGCCGGCGUCCACGUCGUCGUGGGAACCCCCGGCCGCGUCUUCGACAUGCUCAAGAGACAGUCCCUCCGCGCUGACAACAUCAAGAUGUUCGUCCUCGACGAGGCCGACGAGAUGCUCUCCCGCGGUUUCAAGGACCAGAUCUACGACAUCUUCCAGCUCCUCCCGCCCAAGAUCCAGGUCGGCGUCUUCUCGGCGACCAUGCCUCCCGAAGCUCUCGAGAUCACGAGGAAGUUCAUGAGCAAGCCGGUGAGGAUCCUGGUGAAGCGAGACGAGCUCACCCUGGAAGGUAUCAAGCAGUUCUACGUCAACGUGGAGAAGGAAGACUGGAAGCUCGAGACGCUCUGCGACCUCUACGAGACGCUAGCCAUCACUCAGAGCGUCAUCUUCGUGAACACCAGGCGGAAGGUGGACUGGCUCACCGAUAAAAUGAGGGGCCGGGACCACACUGUCUCUGCCACUCACGGAGACAUGGACCAGAACACGAGAGACAUCAUCAUGAGGGAGUUCAGGUCGGGAUCCUCGCGCGUGCUUAUCACGACCGAUCUGUUGGCUCGUGGUAUCGAUGUGCAGCAGGUGUCGCUGGUGAUCAACUACGAUCUGCCGACUCAGCCGGAGAAUUACCUCCACCGUAUCGGAAGGAGUGGGAGGUUUGGGAGGAAAGGUGUGGCGAUUAACUUUGUGACCAAGGAUGAUGAGAGGAUGUUGUUUGAUAUUCAGAAGUUUUACAAUGUCGUUGUUGAGGAGCUUCCUUCUAACGUUGCUGAUCUCCUGUGAGAAGGAGAAGUUCGCUCUUGCUGUUCUAUCACACCGGAGAAGGAAAGGUUUUUUUGUUUUUGAAAGGCACAACGACUACUCUUUGAUUUGAUUUUGACACUUCUCUCUCUCUAUUUACGAACAUAUCUCUCUCUAUCUCUCUUUUCCGACCAGUUUUAUAUUUAAGAUCAUAUGGAAUGUUUAUUUCUGGUUUGUUGUUUGUCAUUUGUUUUUGUAUCCAUCAAAUCUUUUCGUGAGAGUUUUGUUUUCAAAACGUGUUUCUACUC